AAGUAAACCGUGGCCUGGCAACGGGAAGAGGCUUAAACAACACAAGUACAUUUUAGCUAGUAGCAUUAUCGGUAAACACGAAAUUAAAUAAUUUUCUGGAUUCAAGCAUCAAGAUUACACAAUGUCGACCCGAACACUGCCUUUGCUUUUUAUAAAUCUCGGUGGGGAGAUGUUGUAUAUUCUGGAUCAACGACUUCGGGCUCAGAAUAUUCCUGCCGACAAAGCUAAGAAAGUUAUGAAUGACAUCAUCAGCACAAUGUUCAACAAAAAGUUUCUGGAAGAGCUCUUCAAACCUCAGGAGCUUUACUCCAAGAAGGCCCUGCGCACAGUCUUUGAUAGGCUGGCCCAUGCAUCCAUCAUGAGACUAAACCAAGCCAGUAUGGACAAGUUGUAUGACCUGAUGACCAUGGCCUUCAAGUACCAGGUGCUGUUGUGUACACGACCCAAAGACAUUCUUCUUGUUUCCUUUAAUCACAUGGAUGCAAUCAAGGAGUUUGUAAAAGAUAGCCCAAGUAUACUCAGCCAGGUGGAUGAGACGUUUCGACAACUUAUAGAGAUGUAUACACCUUUAUUAAGUGGAGAAUUUCAGCUAAUCCGACAAACUCUUUUAAUAUUUUUUCAAGACAUGCAUAUAAGAGUGUCUAUUUUUCUUAAAGAUAAAGUCCAGAACUCUAAUGGUCGCUUUGUACUUCCCACUAGUGGCCCAGUGCCCUAUGGAACACAGAUCCCUGGUUUAAUCAGAAUAUUUAGUUGCACAGGUGAGGAGGUAAACAGGCUGCAGUUCACCAAUGGUGGAAAUUAUACAUCAGCACUACGAGAGGGCUCUUUUGAAAUUUUUGGAGACCGUGUCACCAAAUUAGGCACAAACAUGUAUAGUGUUUGCCGUCCUGUUGAAACCCACAUGUCUGGGACCUCUAAGAACUCUGCCCAGCAUCCAAAGGUCAGCACCGCACCUAAUCCUCUGGCCAAAGAGGAACUGAACCUGCUGGCAAGAUUAAUGGGUGGGUUAGAGAUUCACAAAGCUGGAAACUCGGACAGCGGUUUUCGAGUUAACCUAUUCAAUACAGAUGAGGAAGAGGAAGAAGCAUUAUCAUUAAGGCCAGAUGAGCUUUGUUAUGGAGUCAUCAGCAUCCAAGCAACAAAGGACCAACAGGCCAAUGCUGAGCUGAGUAAAAUAAUGGAGGAGUUUUCCGAGUCCGGUGACCAGUGUCCCAGUUCAAGCAGCAAAGGAGAUGACCUAUUGGCCAUGAUGGACGGCCUGUGACAGUUUCACAAAAACAGAACAUCCCUGGAGCAUGGCAUCAAACACACUGUCAACUGUGUGCUGUUUAUGUUGGCCAGAUUACUAGCUGCAUUCACAAAGCACCACAACACCUUACACAUCGGUAUAAUUUGUUAAGACCAUUUUAAAUAUGCAGCUAGGUACAUGCACUGUAUUUGUGAAUGUUCUAGUAAUACAGGGAUUUAGACCAAUGAUGUUUGAAUAAUUUGCUGUUGUCAUGGCAUUCAUAUGUAGUGCAACAUUUGCACAUUGAUUUUGCUCUUUUUUCAUAGAUCAAUAAGCUGCAUUAAGUGUUUGUAGACAAACUUUCAUUGUGAUGCAUGAUAAAAAACAACUAGAGUCCUAAGUGCCCUAUGAAAGGGAACUGAUGUGCUCAUUUUGUAACACACUGUGUUACAUGCAGUGUUGUACAAGGACGUUUGUAAGACAACAUGAAAUGUGUUGAGAUGAUAUUACAACUUAUUUUACCAAGUAUUGUAACAUGAAUGUGGUACUUGCGAGCUGUGCAAUAUUAUAAUUUAUAAAAAUUGAGUGAUUUAGUAAAC